AUGUCGUCCUACACCAAUCAAUACUCGGGCUACUCCGGCAACCCGUAUGAGAGCGAGCAGCAGCAGGUCGGCGGGUAUGGCGCCUCGAACCCCUACGGCGCAAGCGGAGGAAAUGUUCAAGACACGGGCGCGAACACAUACGACACGACGGGUUCUGCUCCCGCCGUACAAUACGUUCAGCCUGGUCCGAGUGUGCUGAGCAACACCGACUUUCUCGGUCGCGUAGAGGCCGUCAAAGCAGACAUUCGCACCCUCACCACCCACGUCUCGCAAAUCGCCGCCGCACACCAGCGCACCCUCUCCACCCCCGACAAUGCUUCCUCGGCGCAGCUGGAAUCCAUGGUCACGCAAACCCAAGUCCUCAACACUUCCGUCAAAGAUCAGAUCAAAUUCCUCGAGAUCGAUGCGGCGCGUAGCAGAGACAACCAGGUCAAAAAUACUCAAGUCGGACAAUUAAAGACCAGCUUCACCAAGCAACUGCAGGAAUACCGACUGGAAGAAGCAAACUACGAGAAGCGUUACCGUGAGCAAAUCGCCCGCCAAUACCGAAUCGUCAAUCCGGACGCCACAGAAGCCGAGGUACAGGAGGCCUCCCAGGCAGAUUGGGGCAACGAGGGUGUCUUUCAAACGGCAUUGAAAUCCAACCGUUCAGCAACAGCCAGCACAGUCCUCGGAUCAGUUCGCGCUCGGCAUAAUGACAUCCAAAAGAUUGAAAAGACGAUGCUUGAACUGCAACAAUUGAUGGAAGACCUCGCGACGGCAGUGGUGUUGCAAGACGAGCCCAUUGCCGCCGCCGAAGUCUCCACCGGAAACGUCAAAACAGACACGGAAGCCGGAAAUGUACAUCUCGACAAGGGCAUCAAAUCGGCGCGAAAUGCACGGAAGAUGAAGUGGUGGUGCUUCUGGAUCUGUGUGGCGAUAGUCAUCAUUUUGGCGCUCGUGCUGGGAUUGUAUUUUGGUUUGAAUGCCAAUAAUAAGAAGUAG